UGUUUUGCAGCCCUCAGCCCCCUCAAUGCAUUCCUCCCUCCUCAAACAUCAUAAUUGCUCACCAAACGCUUCUCUCCAACUUCCAUUGUUUUAUUAAUGUUUUGUCUUCAAACCAGCAGUAGACAAUACACACCCAAACCACCAAUAAUGCAAUUGCAGAGAUCCAUCCUCAUUGCCUCUCUUUUCACCUCAGCUUUUCUCCUCGGUUUCUCCACUGCUCUCAAGGAGGGGCAAACGUGUGUGGUAGACAGCAACUGCAACUCAGGUCUCCACUGUGAGACUUGUGUAGCAAAUGGAAAUGUAAGACCACGUUGCACCAGAAUCCAACCCUUGAUUCCUACUUCAAAGGAGAAGGGAUUGCCGUUUAAUCAGUAUACGUGGCUAACAACUCACAACUCGUUUGCCAGGCUGGGAGAUAGGUCUGCAACAGGGUCCAUUAUUCUAGCUCCCACGAAUCAGCAAGACACGGUUACUGGUCAGCUUAAUAAUGGCAUUAGAGGAUUCAUGCUUGAUAUGUAUGACUUCCAGAAUGACAUUUGGUUGUGUCAUUCCUUCGGAGGAAACUGCUACAACUUUACAGCUUUCCAACCAGCCAUUAAUGUUCUGAAAGAGAUUCAAGCAUUUCUUGAAGCCAACCCAUUAGAAAUUAUCACCAUUUUCAUCGAGGACUACGUCACAUCACCAAGAGGCUUGACUAAAGUGUUUGAUGCUGCUGGCCUGAGGAAAUACUGGUAUCCUGUAUCUCGGAUGCCAAAAAAUGGUGGCAAGUGGCCAACAGUUGAUGAUAUGAUCCAGAAGAAUCAGCGUUUAGUGGUUUUCACUUCAAAGUCCGCUAAGGAGGCCUCUGAAGGAAUUGCCUAUGAAUGGAGAUAUAUCGUAGAAAACCAAUAUGGGGAUGGGGGAAUGAUUGCUGGUUCAUGUCCAAACCGUGCAGAAUCACCUGCCCUGGACACGACAUCAAGGUCACUAGUUUUAGUAAACCAUUUUCCUGACAGGCCAGAUAUAACACAAGCCUGCAAGCAUAAUUCUGCUCCUUUGAUGGGUAUGGUUAACACAUGUUAUCAGGCUGCGGGUAAUCGGUGGCCUAACUUCAUUGCAGUUGAUUUUUAUAAGAGGAGUGAUGGUGGGGGAGCCCCAGCUGCUGUCGAUGUCUCAAAUGGUCAUCUAGUUUGCGGAUGCGGAAAUAUUGCCACUUGCAAGCCAAAUAUGACCUUCGGUGCAUGUAACCUACCUGAGCCUAGCAUCACCCCGGCUCUCGGAACUGUAGCAGAUGAUUCCAGCUUUGCGAAUUUUGAAAAAAGACCAGUUCAAGGAAGGUGGUUGCCUGGGACAGUUCUAGUGGCCCUUUUCUUAUCAUUGUCAAUUUAAAUUAGGUACCUGUCUGUCUUCUUCGGAUACUCUGACGACAGGAAAGAUAUGCCUUUCUAACCAAUAGUAACCUGUAUGCAAUGGGAUUUAUGUGCUAAAAAAGUAGGAUAUUCUGUUGUUCUACAUUUGUUUAUUUGGACUCAACACUAGCUCAACUGUUAGGGUUUUAUUGAACAAAUCUGAUGUGCAUUAUCCUUCCAUACCGAAACAGAGAAUUGUUUCCACUGA